AUGACGUUUGGGGUGAACUGUACUGACACUUGCAGUAUGUGUGCCCAGAGUCAGUCGUCUUCCUGUGAUCACGUGACAGGAAAAUGCAUCUGCUUACCUGGUUACUAUGGCUACCAUUGCGAGAAUGAAUGUCCGGAAGGUAAAUACGGUCAGGAUUGUGCAUUGGACUGCGAGUGCGCAAAAGAGGCUUCUUGUCAUCACAUGAGCGGAACAUGUGAUUGCACGAAAGGUUUUAUUGGAAGAAAAUGUGAAAAGCCCUGUCCUCAAGGAAAGUUUGGUGCGAACUGUUUAGGAGUCUAUCUGUGUGAAAACGGUGCGUCAUGUGAUAAAGUAAAUGGGAAAUGUCUGUGUCUUUCGGAAUUCACAGGGAGUCGUUGUAAGGACAAGUGUCCCGACCGUUUAUGGGGCAUUGAAUGUCAAAACAAGUACUCGUGUGAGUGGAAUCAGACAAGGAAAUUUCGAGGUGAUAACGGGCAAUGUCUUUGCCACGAUGGCUACAGAGGUGCCACUUGUCAACAGUUCUGCGAAGAUGGGACUUAUGGUGAAGAUUGCAAACAUCCUUGCCCGGUUUGUUCCCGACACGUGAUCGGCACGUGUUAUAAAAUUGACGGCCGUUGCCCCUGCUCUCCAGGUUACCGAAGGACAUUUGUGUGA